UUCUGUCAAUUCAAGACGUAGUUGCCAUAGAUUUAAUACGGGAGUUUAACACAAGGAGGGAUACAUUAAUACUACAUUUCACAGUGCAUAAGACGAAGGACUGUGCGGAAUGGCUUUUGGGACGCCUAUGUUUCAGCUGUAUUUUAAGACUUACUUUUUUCUACUUUUGGGGGGUUUGGUAGUCGAAGCUGCCCCAGAGCAAGGAAGUCUGUGCAUGUGGAUUGAUGCUAACCAAGCUAGGAUAUUAAUAGGUUUCGAGGAGGAUAUUUUGAUUGUGUCAGAGGGCAGAAUGGCUCCAUUCACACACGACUUCAAGAAAGCGCAGCAGCGGAUGCCCGCUAUACCUGUUCAUAUCCACUACGUGAACUUCACCUGGCAAGUGACUGAUCAGGCUGAGUACUUCUACGAGUUCCAGACUCUACGUUCAUUCGACAAAGACAUCAUGGAUGACCCUACUGUCAACGUCCCCCGAUUAGGCUCUGUACCGCACAAAGCUUCAGUGGUGCAGGUAGGUUUCCCAUGCCGAGGCGAUCAGGACGGUGUUGCGGCAUUCGAGGUCACCAUCCUGGUGAUGGACGGGGGUGGAAACAUCGUUCUGCGGACCCCGCAUAACGCCAUCUUCUUCAAGUCCUGCCAGAGAGCGAAGUGUCCUGGGGGCUGCAGGAACGGAGGCUACUGUAACGAGAGGCAGGUCUGCGAGUGCCACGAUGGCUUCUAUGGCACGCAGUGUGAAAAAGCCCUGUGUUCACCACGGUGCAUGAAUGGAGGUCUGUGUAUGAGUCCAGGGCUGUGUGGUUGUCCCCCAGGCUACUAUGGUGCCAGCUGUGAGAAAGCAAACUGCAGCACUACGUGUUUUAAUGGGGGAACUUGCUUCCAUCCCGGGAAAUGUGUUUGCCCCACUGGCUUUGAGGGCAGCCGCUGUGAAAAAAGUAAAUGCCGGCAGCCAUGCCGCAAUGGAGGCAAAUGCAUGGGCAAGAACAAAUGCAAGUGCAGCAAGGGUUACCAUGGAGAUCUGUGCUCCAAGGCUGUCUGUGAGCCCAGCUGCGGAGCACACGGGACUUGCUUAGAGCCCAACAGGUGUCAGUGCCGGGACGGUUGGCAUGGACGUCACUGUAAUAAGAGGUAUCGCGGGGGAUCAUCAACGAUCCCCCGCCCCUCCGGACCCAGGCCAAAGCCCCACACCACAUCAGAGAGGGAGCUCAGAGUGGCCUCUGACACUAACCGGCCCUCCGACACCAACUACGUUGUUUAAGCUUCCUGGCCUGUGGCCUCCCCAGGGGCCAUCGCUCAUCUUGACCUUCUUCAGAUCCCCAGCAUCCUUCCUGGGAUCCUUCCUCCCUGGGUUGCUGCUUCCACCCUCGCCAGACUUUUUGUUCAUGUUCCUGGUAUCCCCUUUCACGGUCAAAGCCCAGAUCUCCACUCCCUUCUG